UGAUGUGACGCUUUAAUUUAUGUCACGGGGUUUGCCGGACGAGCCGAGUUCCAUGCCUCCAAUGAAGGGGGCGAAGCCAGGGAAGAACAGCGGUUUAGGAUGCAAACAUCCUCUAUUUUGUCGCAUGUUUGGUGACGUCCGAUAAUCGACUUGCUGUGAAGUCUGCGGGGUCGAGGCCUAGAGAGUUUUUGUAACGCACGUUCUUAACGUUUACUGUCGAUGCCCGGAGUUCGGUGCCCGUUUUGACCGGGUGUGAGCCGAUGAAGCACUUUGCUCAGUGACUGAAGCAGAAACGCUUGGAGACGUUAGCUAGCUAGUCGAAGCUACUGCUAACUGCCAGCGAGGAAGUGAGGAACGAAAAAAUGACAUCUCGGAGGUGGUUUCACCCUAACAUCACAGGUGUGGAGGCCGAGAACCUCCUGCUGACUCGUGGAGUGGACGGGAGCUUCUUAGCCAGACCCAGUAAGAGCAACCCAGGAGACUUCACUCUGUCAGUACGGCGAAAUGGAGCGGUCACCCACAUUAAGAUCCAAAACACAGGAGACUACUAUGACCUUUAUGGUGGGGAGAAGUUUGCCACUCUGGCAGAGCUGGUGCAGUAUUACAUGGAGCAUCAUGGGCAACUGAAAGAGAAGAAUGGGGAUGUGAUUGAGCUCAAGUAUCCACUCAACUGUGCUGACCCCACGUCCGAGAGAUGGUUCCACGGACACUUGUCGGGCCGGGAGGCUGAGAAGCUGCUGACAGAGAAGGGGAAGAACGGCAGCUUCCUGGUGAGAGAGAGCCAGAGCCAUCCUGGAGAUUUUGUUCUGUCGGUCCGUACAGGAGAUGACAAGACGGACAGCAGUGACAGCAAACCCAAAGUCACUCAUGUCAUGAUCCGCUGCCAGCAUGACCUGAAGUAUGACGUGGGCGGAGGCGAGAAGUUUGACUCGCUCACUGACUUGGUAGAACACUACAAAAAGAACCCCAUGGUGGAAACUCUGGGCACUGUGCUUCAGCUCAAACAGCCCCUGAACACUACUCGCAUUAACGCAGCAGAGAUUGAAAGUCGAGUUAGGGAGCUGAGCAAACUGGCGGAGGCCACAGACAAGGUCAAACAGGGCUUCUGGGAAGAAUUUGAGACCUUGCAGCAACAAGAGUGCAAACUUCUCUACAGUCGCAAAGAGGGCCAGAGACCAGAGAACAAAAACAAGAACAGAUACAAGAACAUUCUGCCUUUCGACCACACUCGGGUAGUGCUGAAUGAUGGGGACCCAAAUGAGCCAGGCUCUGACUACAUCAACGCUAACAUCAUCAUGCCGGAGCUGGACACAAAGUGUAACAGUACCAAGGUGAAGAAGAGCUACAUUGCCACUCAGGGCUGUCUGCAGACCACCAUCAGUGACUUCUGGAGGAUGGUGUUUCAGGAGAACUCUCGAGUCAUCGUCAUGACCACCAAAGAAGUGGAGAGAGGGAAGAGCAAGUGUGUGAAGUACUGGCCAGACAUGUCGGCUCUGAAGGAAUACGGUGCCAUGCGUGUUCGCAACGUCAGAGAGACGGCUGCACACGACUACAUCUUAAGAGAACUCAAGCUGUCCAAAGUCGGACAGGGAAACACAGAACGCACAGUUUGGCAGUACCACUUCAGGACCUGGCCGGACCAUGGAGUCCCCACUGACCCAGGCGGCGUCCUGGACUUCUUAGAGGAGGUCAACCUGAAGCAGGAGAACAUACUGGACGCUGGGCCAAUCGCGGUACACUGCAGUGCAGGGAUCGGGCGGACGGGAACGUUUAUAGUGAUCGACAUCCUGAUAGAUGUGAUCCGAGAGAAAGGCGUGGACUGUGACAUCGACGUGCCAAAGACCAUCCAGAUGGUUCGAUCUCAGCGUUCUGGGAUGGUGCAGACUGAGGCGCAGUACAGGUUCAUCUACAUGGCUGUACAGCACUACAUAGAAACGCUGCAGAGACGCAUAGAGGAGGAGCAGAAAAGUAAGAUUAAAGGGCGCGAGUACACAAACAUUAAGUACUCUUUGUCUGACCUGACUGGAGGAGAGCAGAGCCCUCUGCCUCCAUGCACUCCUAUCCCUACCCCCACCUGCACAGAGAUGAGAGAGGACAGCUCCAGAGUAUAUGAGAACGUGGGCCUGAUGCAGCAGCAGAAGAGCUUCAGAUGAGAUUCAUCUUUGAUUCCAGUGCUCUGUUAGCUCCAGGAUCUUGAUACCUGACAGUUUUUUGCCUGCCACACCUUGACGCCUGAGACUUGACUAUAAUAACAUGGAACGAUGGAAAAAGCAAACUCAUGAGGGAGACCAGACAUCAGGGUCCUCCUGUUCUCGCUCAUUAAACGUCAACACUUGCCCUCAAGUUGAAUCCUAAACCACUGUGAUCAUCAGAAGAGCCUUUGAGAAGCCUAACAUGUUAAAUCUACUAAACCACAGUUUGAGUUUAGCCUUUGUGUCUCACCCCAACAAGGGCUGCACACAGUGAGCACUCGCCUCACAGGGGAAAACCUAGCUAACCUUUGCUCAGCUCUCACUUUUCUGUUUUCUCUCUUCUUCUUUUUAUUAACCAAAGGAAUGUUGUGCAGAAUGUGUCGUAGACAGAAGUGAGGAGUUUCCUGUAAAAGGCCUGUGCCAAAUCCACCUUUCUCAUCCAGUUAAGUCUCUACAGUAUUUGGCCUGUUAAGCCUUGAAGCAGUCAGAGACGAGACCUUAUUCGUGGACUAGAGUGAGGCAGAGUUUCUAGUGAUUGUCCAUCUUCACUGUGUUCAGUAGACACAUGUUUCUGAAUGAAGUAGUACUGGCAUUGUAGUGUAGUACCACAUUUACUGACUUCUAAACAUGAAUUCCUUUUUGCACCAGAACCGCCUCAAAGACAAACUUACAUUCAGGCUGUUCAGAGUGUGAAUCAACUGUUUCGUUUGCUAGUUCACAUGAGUUGAACGUGUUUUUGUCGGAUACACGGUGUCUGUUGAUGAACCAUUCCUGAGCUCAAGCUGAAUGUCUUUUAUGCUGCACUUUUACUUGGCAGCAGAACAGUUACAGUCAAGCCUUGAUUCACCUGCUGGAUCUGUAAAUGAUCCAGUGUGACAUUUGGAGGGGAGUUUCUGCCAACUGGUUGUUGCCCCAUUCACACCUGCACUUCUUUGUCACUGUGGUGAGUGUUGGGUUGGCAUUAGUAGUAAGUCAUUAAAAACAGAACGCCCUAGGGUUUUAGGGGCGUCUGUGUAUCAUAGUCGCAGGCCUCGCCACAGACACAGCUGCCAAAAAGUUGUUUUUAAAGUGCAUAUUACUUUUUUCAUUCUGCCUUUUGUGUACCAUUGCCUAUUCUGAGCACCACAUCUACUUAAUUUUGCAAGUCACAGUUUUAAGAAGCAGUUGCACAUCUCUCAUCUUUGGCAGGUCAGAUUGUGUAACCGCUGUUGUAGAUUGUCAGCUGGAUUUACUAGUCAAUACACACACACACGUAUGAAGGAUAGUGUUUUAACCAGAGUAAACCAUAUACAGGGGUAAUUUGGCCUGUUUUUGUUUUUGUUGAGUUAUAUAAGAAGCUUGAUCUCACUCAUUUCUAUUAUAGCUGGUUAGCUUAGCUAAAAAUAAAGACUAGCAGCAAGGGGAUGCCUCUAACACCACCUCUGGCUAAUUAACACUUUGUUAUAUCUGGUUUGUUUUAAGUUAUAGUUUUAAUACAACAGCAAAGUAUUUUUUUUUGUUUUGUUUAUCUGAGGAAGCAGGGAGUAUUGGGUUAGCAUUAGUAGUAAGAGCAUUAAAAACAGUAUGUCUUAAUUAAAUGUUACGUUUCCUGUGAAGGUCAUUUAAAUCCAGGGCAGGAACCGCAACAAAGAAAAACAUUACUAAAGUAAUCAUUAAACAUAAACGUGCUAAACGCCACCAUAAACAGUACCAAACUGUUUUAUUUCAUACAAAUCGUAAUGAUUGUAACGUCAGUCCAUACACAAAUAGAAAUCUUUGAGCCAGCCGUGGUUUUGUGGGUAGUCGGUUACAGGCCAACUUUAAUGACCUGUCACUCUCGGAAAGGGCCAUGCUAGCUGUUUCCCUUUGCUUCCAGUCAUUAUGCUAAGCUAGGCUAACGGUCUCUGUGGCUCCGUGUUGAAUGACAAAGUAAGAAUUUCAUUGUACACGGAAACGCGUUUCCUAACUGUGCAUAUGACAAAUAAACCCUUUGACCUUUGACCUUGACAUGAGAGGGGUAUUGAGCUUCUCAGUGAAGUCAAGAAAACUAAACAAGUAUUAACAAAAAUACCAAACUAUUCCUUUACUUUGUCACAGCCAGCCGCAGUAUUUCUGGACGAUGUUUUGUAGCUGUAUUAUCAUUCUUGACUCACGCAUUUCAGACAUGUGGCCUGGAUAUUUUCUGCACAUUUGCAUACUAUCACUACGCCUUGAGAAGCUGCAGUCUUGCAUUUGAGCUUCCUGUAACAGUGCUGACUCACAGAGGAAGAAGCAGCUCUCCUUUUUGAGGGACACUUCUCGACAACCACUGGUCCAAGAUUGAAUGGCUUCUUGUUGUAACACUAAAAAAACAAGUCAUGAAAUCAGUGUUUUGGGUGGCUGCUUCCUCCCACGGGAGGCCUCUGCUAGCGCUCGGCCGCUGCUUCCCAACAAGUGUUCUUUGGUGCAUCCCCCCCCAGGUGAACGCCGUCCACUGGCCGAGCCAUGAGGACCCCUGUGGUGUGGUGCACUGUACGUAGUUUGUCGUUGAAAGGAUGAGUGUGUAUUGUCUCAUGUUUAGUGGAGUGCUUGCUUGGGGAGUGUUGUGUGUAUGUACGGCUGCUAACAGCCAUCAGGACACUUGUGUGUUUUUGUUUUCUUCCCCAGUGAUAAAACUGCCUUCCAUUUAUCGUGUAAGCAAUUUAGAUGCAUAGACGUGCCUUCUAUGCAUAUGCCCAUGUGUAUGUGAUAGCUAUUUAAAAACUGCUCUGUAGUUUCCACAGCCAUUCAAGAACCUGUAACACUUUAAUGUGAAUUCCUUCGUCCUAAACGUCCUGGAACAACAAAGGAAAAAUGGUGAUCGCAAUGCAAACAAAUUAUAUUUUUAACAUGUGUAUAUAGUACAUGAGUACCAGGUAGCGGCGGAUGUACUUGUCUACUUGCCAGUAAGAUAUACUGUAUGUAUAUUCCUACAGCUUUCUUUCUGUGACACAGGGAGGGGCCUCACAAAGCUUCAGAGGUUGAUUGUAUGACUUUCAAUGCAGUUAACCUUGUUAACUUCCUCAGUAACAAUAAAUGGCUAGCUCAUGCACCACUAGG